GAUAGAGAGAGAAAGAUGGAGCAAGACGACAAAUAUGACCACUGACAAAAAACUGCACCAUUGAAGGAUAGGAACAUGAACGUGGACGAUAUUUGUUCCCGACACGUUGCUGAAGAUAAUCAUGCAAGCUUUUUAUAUUUGAUUCUUUUUGAUUGACAGACUGAAAGAUUGAACCUUUCGCAGCAGGAGCGAAAAUCCAGAUGUCAAAAAUUGUUUACUUUAGAUUACAUUUUCUUUUCUGUAGUGUAUGUGUGAGUGUGUGAGUGUGAGAGUGUGAGAGUGUGUAUGCAUAGCCUACUGGUUACUUAAACACUCAAUCGUAUAUAUGCAGUCAAUAAUCAGGUUCCUUGUAUGCAAAACUUUGUGCGUUAAGUUAAUGAACUCGAUUGGCAAAGAGACUUUCUCUUUUCUCUUUGGAAACUCCAGUAGGUCGAGUGCUCUUGGCAGGCAGUCCUUUUUGUAAAUGUUCUGUUUUUUGUCCGGAAGCGUAGCCUUGAGCAAUACUUGAUUUCCUCCGGACUGGUGCGCUGGCUGACGGUGCUUUGUGUAAGAGCCAGCCUUGGACAGCGAUGCUAUCUGAUGCACUCUGCGUGGAGAUGUCAGCAUUGAUUAGCUUUAUGGCCGUGGAGACGACAGCCAAACUUUGCUGUCUCAUGGCAGCGUGUUCAUCAGACUAUUGAUCCCCCGCAGGACUCCCGCCGAGCCUUCUUUAUUCUGCAGCCGGAGUCAGAGUCCCUCUCCAAAGUCUGCUUCGAUUGGCCAACAGUAAAGAGAGAGAGAGGACAGGUUUUGUGUUGGUGGGCUCGCCUUUUGUUUGGGUUUCCGUCAAAGAUUUUGUCUGGCAGGAUUCUGCUCUCCAGUCUAUUGCCAUGGCAACAACCUGGCUACCGCGAAGUUCUUCUUCUUUGUUUCGUAUCUUGCCGUGAAGCGAACUUUCGAGGUCGCUCAAGCUCGCGCGACUUGGGUAAGAUCUGUUCCUUCGAGCAAGCUAAGCCAGGAUUCUUGGUGCUCUUUUUCUUCUAUUUCUCUCUUCUCUUGUCUCACUCUUGUCUAAUGUUUGUGUGUACUUUUUCAGUACAAUCUGUACAGUUUGCUAGAUCAUGUUGCAUCACUGGCAAUGACUAAAGGACUAAAUCGACAAGUCAUCAUUCAAUCAUUCAGGAUUUACACUGGUUUACUUUCUCAUAAACUAAUCUAAGCGUCUAAUCUUGUUUCGUCACAGAAAGUAAAAAGUAGUGCACUACUUUGUCUCAUAUUGUCGCAUUCAGGUUCUUUGACAUGUACGUGUGAAAAAAAAAAUAUAUAUAUAUUGUGUAUUACCGUUUGCGUGUACAUGUACAUGUAAAGUUGUGUGUUUUGUGUGUUUGAGUAAAAUUGUGUGGUAGUAACUCAGGUUUUGCCUCCACCAAGGGAUGGCCAGCCAUACUGUGCAAUUUUUCAUCUGCACUAAUUCCUUAAGACUAACUAAAACCUGGCUGAUGAUUAACCGAUUAAUCAAUUAACCAACUAACAUCACCUGAAGCGGACCUGUAAGCCGUAAUCGUGAGUGUCCUGCAGAAGUUUCCGUCCUCGUCUUUUACGUCUUUCGUGUAAUUCUGGAAAAGUUUUUCACUUGCAUACUUUCUACAGACACUUGUUACCUCUUAUUUUCCAGCGUCCUACACUGGGAUUGACAGUACAUCGUGUCUACAGUCAAAUGGCAGCGGCUCAUUCGUUCAAUCCUGGAACAGACUGUCCUAUUCCAACAGGGAUUCUGCCAUACUCUUGACGAACAGGUGCUACAUCUGAGCUGCCUUGGUUUGACUCCAUCCGAGGCUCGGUUCGCUGUACUGUUACUAAAUAAAUGUUCUUUGUAAAGUUCUCGUUGGGUUUUCUACUCCCUUUGCACUGUUUCUUCCCGAACACUGUGCUCCACGUGUGCCAUGAAGCGUUGGUCACAACACCGAGAGCUUGUUUGUUGCAAACGUUGGAUUGCAAACAAACAUUUGAAUGCAGUUUGAUUGCAAAUGCACCUGUCCUUUUUUUCCUGAGUGGAUAGUGUGGAUGGUGUACGUGCAAGUGCGGUACAGCUCGCACAGUAGAACUACGCCAGUGAUUCAUACUCUGUGCCAUGUCCUUGUAACCACUGGUGCAUUUGACCUAUUGCACUUACCGGACCUCUUUGGAGCUGCACUGAAAAGACACUACUACUUAUAUCGCAGCUGUUAAACUUUUACACUUUAACAUAGCAGCGUUGGGAAACCUUUGUCUUGGAGCAAAGCUCCCAGCAAGGAUCUUAUUAGAGUAAGUAAGUAAGGAGUCCUGCAGUGGCCGUGAUUGCCAAUCUGACUGCUCGUCACGUCUUUUAGGACUUUGCUAAUGGGUUUUGCUCUACCCGACUAUAGCAAUUGGUGCUGUUUAGAACAAUCUGAUUAACAUCUCGUCAGUUUAUCUGAUGAUUAAAGCAGCUGCUCACACGUCUACGCUGACGGAAGACAAAUAUGCAGCGGAAGCCUCUGAGGAUGAGAGCCUAAUGAGCGAGGCUAGACUACUGCCAGCAGUAGCUCGGGCUGAGAAGUGUGCAUACUGUUAGAACAGAAAGUGCUUUGGAGAUUAAGGUAACAGAUGUAGUGGGAUUAGAUUGCGAUGAAUUCUUGUGCUAAGACUGUUCUGCUCGAGUCCGUUCCAGACUGUUUAGAAGCGUCAGCUUUUAAAGACUGUCGCUUUUCUGGCUUGAAGCUUUGUUAGGACUCGAGGACUCAAGGACUUGAGGACCCGGCUAGGUCAAGCUGCUUUCAGGGUAGCUUUUCUCUCAGGAAACAGAUUUCAUAUGAUGGUACUAUUCCGCAGCUCCUAGGUGUCACUUAAGGUAAUGAGGGAGUGAUUGAUUUUCCAGUCAGCCUCUAAUGAGCCCCUCUUCUCCGAGAUCUCUGAGGGCGGAACGUCAGACAGAGCCAAUCAGGUCUCAUUAUCAUUAGGCUGACAAGCUGGUGUUUGUCAUUCUCGGGGGAACUCCGCCUUUAUAGGGGUUGGCGGUUUAUCACUCUGAAACAUUAUUAUCGCACAUGACACUACUGAACACUACUGGACAUGGUUCUCAUUGUACACAGUUAUUUCUGGACCUCUCUUCUUCACCUAAAGCCAACUGCGAGAGGUUCCACUAAUGGUGCUCAACAUUAUCUUUUAUAGAGGCAAAUAUUCGCCUUGUUUCUAGAACAGACACAGAACAGAAACAGAAGUUUCAGGGCUUAAUUUUCUUUAUUCUUUUGUAUUCUGUAUUCUACUCUUUCUAUAUAUGGGCAUGCAUUUCUUUUAAUGAUCUACCUAUACAUCUUAGAGUUCAGACCGUACGAACCGUACACCUUUUUUUAAACGAGGAGGAAGAACGGACAAAAAGGCAGCCUGGAGAACGGGAGAGAAGACGUGGGAGGGGGAGCGGGGGAGAGAGAGAUCGUCUGGAAGAAGAGAGCGAGCGUGAUUGAGAGAGAACGAGAGAGGGAGAGGGAGAGAGAGCGGGAGGAGGAGGAACUCAGGAACAGGGCCCAGUACACUGUGUGGAGGCUUAGGGAGGGAUUCCAGGAGAGGAGGGAUAGAGAAGGCGGUAGAGGCAGGGGAAGGAGUGUCGAGGGAGGGAGGGAAGCUCAGCCAGAGGUGAUUUGGAAGAAGAGGGAAGAGGAGGAGGAGAAAGAGAGGGAGAGGAUACAGCUGGAUGACAGGGGACCCAGAAUCAUUUGGAGGAAGAAGGAAAGAGAGUGAAGGAGAAGAGAAAAGAAGAAGAAGGCAUGGUCGCCAUGCAGGAAAAGGGAAAAGUAUGAGUCGAAUGAGUGAGUUGAAUCCAGACCGGGAUUGUGACCUUCCACGGUCUUGAUCUGGACCUGGACCUUUGUUUUCUUGAACUCUUAAACUCUUGAUCUCGUUCAGGUUCAGUCAGAAUCUGUCUGAUGAGAUAUGAGUAUGUGUAAAUAGCAGUUUUAACCAGGACUAAGUUAGAAGUUUAACUCUAAAAACGAUCGUCAAAUGAUUGAUUGUCCUUGGUCUGUGUAAUUCUUAAACCGUUCGGUACCUUGUUCGGUCUAAUAUCCUCAUGUAGUGCAGCGUAGAAAUAGAGCUCUGUCUUUCAUUAAGUGAUCAGCAUUUACUGGUUCAGUUUUCUCUCUCUCUCGUCCAUUCUCUCUUUUUCCUCCCUCCCUCUCCCUCUCUUCCCUCCUCCCCGUUCCGUAUUGAUCUGUCUGUCCGCUGGAAGCCUCUUCUCUUAGAGUCUCAGCUGCAGCUAAUAGGAUUUUUAUGGGACUCUGUUGGACAAGAGCUGCUCGAGUGGAGCCGAGCGCACGCAAAUAGAAGGAAACAUGCGUCGUCCAGGCUCCAGAUUUUAGAGAUUUCUCAGAGUUUCAUAUUUCUUUCUCUCUCUCUCUCUUUCUCUAUCAGUCUGUCCCAUAUCGUAUAAGGCAAGUAAUAAACACCAGGAAACAGGUACAAUCAGAUGACAAUCACUCGUAAGAUUCUUCUGUAGAGCGUAUGGUGCUCUGUAGUGAGGCUAAUAUAAAGCUUUGAACCAUCAUUAAUACUAUGCAGGCUAAGAUCUGAUGCAAACAAAAAAAUUGUGCACAGCUAGUAACAUGCACUGUGUGACAACACUGAUGUCAAAAGACUGUAUGAUCUGGAAUUUGACAAGAGGCCCUGUCUAUUCCACUUGUUUUCACUUGCGCUUUCUCUCUCUCUCUCUCUCUUUCUCUCGCUCUCACUUUUGUUUCCUCUCUCUUCCUUGACACUUUUUUUUUUUUAACUUUCCUCUGAUGUUUUUGCGCCGAGCUGUCACUGCACUGUCAUCUCUCCGGUUCAGCGAUGAAGGAAUCAGUAGACGGAGAGAACCGAAGGACUGUUACAGAGAAGAGAAUGGUGGUUUUUGAUAUUUUUGAAAAGAGACACUUAAAGAGAGGCCUAAAGAGAACUUAAAGCACUUUCGAUUCGUCUGAGCGGCGUCGCGUCUUCGUGACGGACAAGUCACAGAAUGGAACUCGUACCCAAAACGAAAUACGCCCCCUUCAGGAGCGACUCUUUUAGCUCCACGGACGAGACUACCUCCAAUCCGUCUCUCCCUUCCUCUGCUCCUCUGACCCCUCUCACUCCUCCAGGCAUCCCUUCUUCCCUCUCCUCCUCCUCUCUCGCACCCAUACUUCCUCCUACUUCUUCCCCACGUGCCACCGAGAACAGCCCCACCACGCUGUGCUCCUUCUUCCCAAGGAUGGGGUCCUUGCGGCUUGGGAUGUCCGCCACUCUGCUGCCCAGCCUAAAGGCCACAAGUCGCCCAGAGCACGUCGCCGGGCCCUGCGAGCUGCAGGAAGCACCUGCUGCUUCCACACCUGGUGCUUCUCUUCUCUCUCUAACUGCUCCCUCUCCUCCUCCUCGCCCCACACAGGACAUGAACCGGCUGGGCGGGGCAUCACGAAGGGGCCGGGUGGAAGGGGGCCAGCUGGGUGGAGACGAGUGGACGCGCCACGGCUCCUUCGUCAACAAGCCCACCCGAGGAUGGCUGCACUCGGACAACGUGGUCAGCAGCACCGGCGUCUCCUACACAGUCAGGUACAUGGGCUGUGUGGAGGUUCUUCAGUCAAUGAGAGCACUGGACUUCAACACCAGAACUCAGGUUACCAGGGAGGCCAUAUCAGUGGUGUGUGAGGCGGUACCAGGUGCCAAAGGAGCUCAGCGCAGGAGGAAGCCCACUUCCCGUUGUCUCUCCUCGAUCUUGGGAAAGAGUAACCUUCAGUUUGCUGGAAUGACAAUCAGCCUCACUGUGUCAACUAGCAGCCUAAACCUACUGGCCACCGACUGCAAACAGAUUAUUGCCAACCAUCACAUGCAGUCCAUCUCCUUCGCAUCGGGAGGAGAUCCAGAUACAGCAGAAUAUGUAGCCUACGUAGCCAAAGACCCUGUCAACCAGAGAGCGUGUCACAUCCUGGAGUGUUCAGAGGGCUUGGCUCAGGAGGUGAUCAGUACCAUCGGCCAGGCCUUCGAGCUGCGCUUUAAACAGUACCUGAAGAACCCCCCCAAACUCGUCACCCCCCACGACAGGAUGGCCCCGUUUGACGGGUCAGCGUGGGAGGAAGAGGAAGAGGACUUGGCCCCGCCCCCAGACGUCCCAUACUAUAAUAACUUCCCCGGGAAACAGCCUCCCCCUGGAGGCCUGGUGGACAUGAGGACACGUCCUGGACACAGCACAGGAGCUACGCUGCCGUUUGGACAGCCUGGGAUGAAUGAUAUUCAUAAGCAGCCCCUGCCUCCUCUACCAGUGGGAGGAAAGGAUGGCGGCCUGUUCGACGACCCCUCGUAUGUCAACGUGGAUAAGCCCCGCCCCCCAGUGACCGCAGCCAAUGGCAACGCUCACAGAGACGUUUUUGACAUGAAACCGUUUGAUGAUGCUCUUGGCGCGACGACACCGGCGGCGGUGACUGCGGCGCCCCCUCUGGCCGAGCAGCUGCAGAACGAGCCCUGGUUCCACGGGCCGCUGAGCCGCAGGCAGGCGGAGAGGCUGCUCAGUAAGGACGGAGAUUUCCUGGUGCGAGAGUCCGGCACGACCCCAGGCCAGUACGUGCUCACGGGGCAGCAGGGCGGCCAGCCCAAACACCUGCUGCUGGUGGACCCGGAGGGAGUGGUGCGUACCAAAGACCACCGCUUCGAGAGCGUCAGUCACCUGAUCAGCUACCACAUGGACAACCGGCUGCCCAUCGUCUCGGCAGGAAGUGAGGUGUGCCUACAGCAGCCGGUGGAUCGCAGAGCCUGAGAGAGCCGGCCGCGCCUCGAUCGUCUGACUUCCUGUCCACCAAAAUGACUCCAUCCUUUCCCUGAUCUGACUCUUCUACCCAGACUCUUCCAGAGAACGGCUUACCUUUUUUUUUAUGUACAGGGAGGAGGAGGAGCUAAUCAUGCAUUGCUUUUAAGCGAAAGCAAACGAAAGGAAACAAAAGGAACUGUUUGUAAUCUUUUGUACUCUUUGUCUGUCCGUCUCCGUCGUGAAACUUCACUGGAAGAAAUCGUUGGAUUCAAGGACCAGUCGAGAAGUUCUUACUUGUUCAUGAAUUAGGCUUUAAGAAAACAGCGAUAUUCCAAUGCAGACGAAGAAAAAGCCCAAAAAAAAAAUGGGAAAAAAUAAAUCCAACAGAAAUCAGUGUAGAAUUUAAACCGUCGCUUUUUCUUUGCAGCUGGAAACACAAGCAGCAGCAAGCCUGGGCAUUCACUCGAGGAGCCAUGUCCUUUUACUCAGUGGAACUCAAUGGAGCUUUCCAUGUGUAGCACUCCAAAGAAAGAUUGAGACUUCCAGAGCAGAAUAUUUUAAAAGCUUGAUUACGUACAGCCAGUGGGAGCACAGAUAGUCAGCAGUGGGAAAUUUGGGAAACUUGGGAAACUUCAGCUUCAACUUCAACUUUAUUCCAGAGAUUAGAGAGAGAAUUCUUACAGAAUCCUGCUCGAGUCAUUUUCCUUGUGGAAACAUCAGAAAACGCUUCCUGUUCUGAACUGUUUUGAGCUUUUGAUGGAUUAAUGGAUUAAAUGAAGCUAAAACCAGUAUGGAUUCCAGUACUGGAGAAGAUAAAAGCUAUGAACAGCUAAGAUAUGGAUUGAGAUUAUGGAGAAUUAUAACGUAUAUACGAGAAACACAACGUAUAGUUUGCAGUUUGGGAAGGAAAGGACUACUGGCUCAAUACAUUUAUAUCAACUUUAUCAACUGUAUCGACUGUAUACAAAGUUGCACCAAGUGUUUUAAAGACUCAAAAAUGGGAAAUUUCUUGGCUAAUUCAGGCAUCUCUGUGAUGUCAGCUAAAAGGGGAGUUGUGACGCCCCCUUCUGGAAGCGACCUGACGUCAUCAAUGGCUUUUAUUAUUUUAUUUUUACUCUUUUAUUCUCGUUGCAUUUCAGGAAAGGUGCAGUUUUUUUACAAGUCUAUUUUUUUCCCGUUUUUUUUUUUUUUUUUUUUUUUUUUUACUGUAAUUUUUUUAUGUGUGUGUGUGUAUUCUCUUCUUUUUUUCUCUCUCUCUGUUUGUACUGACAAUCUUUUCUCUCCAUGAGUUCUCGACUGCUUUUUUUUAAGAGUGGAUCAUGAGAAUCUGAGGAGAGGUGGGGGAAAAAAAGUGAAAAGAAGAUAAAUAGAAAAGAGAAUGGUGAAAUAAUGAUGAUGAUGAUGAUGAUCUUCUAAAAGUAGAAAUAAAAUAAAAGCCCAGAGUAGAUGAUGUAGAUGUAGUAGUAGUAGUAGUAGUAGAUGGUGGUAAACAGAGUAGAGUUCACACUCCUGAAUUAUUAGAGUAGCAUUAAUUUAAUUAAUAAGAGUCUUUAAGAGACAGAAAAAAGGACUCGAAGAGAAAUUCGUCAGGGGAGACGUGGUCAAUUCGGGCGAGUUCGCCUACGAUAUGCAGUUUUUUUAAAAUAAUAAAAUAAAAUAAAAAUCACAGUGGAGUGCUUCAAGAGGAGUUUUCCUCUCUAAAGGAAAUCCUCUUAUUUCUUCUUCCUUCCUCACUGAUUUAAUUAUUAUUAUUAUUUUUUUGUAAUGUUCUGUAUGUAUGAAUUGUGCCUUUUCGCUCACUCAACUUGGCCACAUCAGUAGAAUGCAGUCUUGUGUUGUUUAAAAGAAUAAGAAUAAUUAUAAGAAGAAUAAUAAGAAGAAAAUAAGUUUUCUUGUCAAAAAAAAAUAAAAUAAAAUAAAAAAUCCACAGCAAAAAUGCCACUCAAGCUUUAGUCCAGGUUUAGUCCAGGUUUAGUCCAGGUUUUAGGUGAUGGCAAUCUUUUUUACCUUCUUCUUCUCAUCGCACCUUCUUCUUUCUCUCUCUCUCUCUCUCUCUCUCUCUCUCUCUCUCUGCUGUUCGAUGGAUUGAUGUGCUCUCGUUUUUUAGUGCUGAUCUGUGACUUACGGAGCUUGCUAGGAUCAUUUUUUGUUGUUUUUUUUUUUUUUGUACCUUUCAGAUUUCAAGAUGCUCUCUUGUGACACUUUUUCUCGAUAGUUUUCGUUUCGAAAAUGCCUGUAAUUUGUAUAAUUUGUAUAAAAUAAGGCAGACCGACUUUAAAGAAGGUGUAAAUACAUGCUGUAGACGUGCUUAAAUAUGGCCUAGAAGCUUAUGAACGGUUAUUAUGAAUGUUGGCAUCAAUUGAUAACAGCCUCUCUUUGGGUUUUGAACCUGUUUUAUGAGAUUAUAUUUGAAAAUAUCAAGUUAUCUGAUAUUAGCAGGGCAGCAGGACAUGCAAUAUGACCUUAAUAUACCGUAUUUUCCAGAUUAUAAGGCGCAUAAUCAAUAAACGUCUAUUUUUGGGUCUAUAUUCAUACAUAAGUUGCAUUAAGCAACACUAGUAAGGAUGCCUAAAUCGAAGUGAGCAAGGGUGUCGCCAUGUUUCCCUUCUAAUAGUGAAGCUGGGGGAAGUAAACCUUAGUAAACAAAACUGUAAUUCUUAAGAAAAACAAGUUAAACGAGUGCUAGAUAUUAAUCGACACAGAUUUCUCUCCUCAAAAAACAUUUAUUUAGGUGAGUAAAGAGCUUCUAGUGUUUUCUCUAAAAGUACGUUUUCAGUGAAGUUUCUCCAGCACUAAGGCUAGGUGCAGCAGCAUUAGCAUUAGCCGCUUGGACGUAAAUGGUAACCCAGGGCGCUAUCUAUCAGCUAGCAGUUCAUCUCACUUAGCUUUUUCUUUUUUUAACACAGUAAACAUAGUAAGCAGACUACAGUCUGAUAUAUACUCACCUCUGAACAAAAGAGUGAAAGAGCUAGUGCUGCGGUUAGCGGAUAAUGCUAAUGCUAAUGCUGCUGCUCCCAGCCUUAGUGAUGGAGAAACUUCACUGAAAACUCACCCUCAUAACUCUGUACUUCAGCAGAGUGGCUUUACUGCUCCUUAAUACCUGACUGGUAGAAUUAAUUUAACAUAAGGUGUUAAAUUAAAGGAUUUUAAGUGCGCCUUAUAGUCUGAAAAAUAAAUACGGUAUGUCAUCGUAUAGGGAUAAAUUGUCAAUCGAUUUUCUUUUUCUUUUCUAAGCACAUGAAGGAUAUUAUCAGUGCUUAAAGAACACUGACCAAACUGCUCAUUUAAUUACACAGAAAGUGUAAAAAACAUAAAAUAAAUAUUUUAAGCACACACUCAGCUCUGCUGCUCAUCCCACAAAUGCAUGAUCCUUACAAAUGAACAGGAUUUCCAAUAGGGCUGCAACGAUUAGUCUAUAUAAUCGACAAUAUUGAUUAUUUAAAUUUGUCGACUACAAAUUUUAUUGUCAACUAAUCGUUAAUUUAUAACAGUACCUCAUUACACAAAGUUACACAGUUUAUACUCAACUUAAUCUGUGUCUCCAAAAGUGCCCAAACACAAAAGAUUACAUAUUUACUGACAAAAUAUCAGUACUUUCCAUGUUUAAACAACAUCUAGACAUUUAAAUGCCUUUAAAACUCAUGUUUAGAAUCGACUAAUCGAAAAAUAAUCAUCAGAUUAGUCAGAUGCCAAAAAUAAUCAUUUGUUCAUUAGUUGCAGCCCUACUUUCCAACAGUUAAUAAGCAUUAUUUUAGUCUGUUAAAAGUUGAUGCCGUAACUGGGUGGCCAUGAAACCAUGUGAAAGUGUGUGAGUUACAGUCUGGAUUGGUGUAAAUGAAUAGUAUUUUUCUUUUAUAUAUUUUUAAUGUCUGCCCGGCCAAUUUUACAGCAACUGCUUCUGUUUCAGAUUAAAAAAAGCAUAAAAAAGUGUAUAAAAUCAGGCCCUGGGUGAUGAGUGGGGAGGAGGCCGACUCAAACUGUGGCUCUGGACGAUGUGUGGAGUUAGAUUGCUGUGUAAUUGUAUUUUUUUUUUUUUUUUUUUUUUUUGUCAUUUUUAUUUUUUUUUAAUUUUCUUACACUCCAGUGUGUUUGUAUCUUGAGAAGUGGGCGUGUUUAUUUUGUGUGAGUGUGUGUGUAUGUGUGUGUGUGUAUAUAUAUAUAUAUGAUCUGGAAUGAUCCGGUCUGCUCCGCCUCAUCUCAUUGGCUCACUUUUAGUGACUUUUUUAGUGAUUUUUGUAUUUCACGGCGGCCUUCUGUUGCAUGGAAAUCUGCACUCUGUGUUUUAGUGAUGGUGUUUUGUUUUUUUUGGUUCGUAUUUUUUAUUCUUGGGUUGGGAGAUGUGUUUUACGGCUGGUUGUGUUUUUUUUUUUUUUUUGCAUUUUCUAAAAACCAAAGUUUUCAUUCUCUUUUUCCUGCACAAAAAAACUGAUUUUUAUGUUUUUAUGUUUGUAUUUUAGAUUUGUUUCAAGAUUCCUUUAAUGUUGGGAAAAAAUAUAUAUAAAUAUAUAUAUGUAUAUGUUUACAUAUGUAUCUGGAAUUAUAGAUUGCAUAUAUAAAUACAUAUUAUCAUCUGUU